UUUCAAUUUUUGGAAUGACGACAAAGACAGAAACAAAACUCAGGCUAAAAGCAGAAGUGUGAAGAAAUGGAAAAGCUUUCAUUUGCCGGCAGAGGAGGGACACCGAAAGAGUCUCCUUUGGUCUUGGUAUGAUUCUUGCACCCCCACCUUGGCAUUUCUUCAAAACACCUCUCUCUCUCUCUCUCUCUCUCUCAUACAGUUCAUGCAAAUCCCAAUUCGAGCUUUUUUAUGUAUCCCAAGUGUUUGGCCAGCAUACGCGCACGUCUACAAAUUCAAGCUCCGAUGGCUCGAAAACCGCCGCCGAAGGUUCAAGUUAGCGUCAACUCACGGCGGGGCGACAACACAAUCCACCCGGUGGACGUUGAGGCGCCGCCGCCUCCGGCCAAGAGACCGGUACUAACGCACCCAGAAUUCAAGCAGUACUCGAAGAAGUGGUUUCCUUGGUUAACUAUUUCAUUUGUCGUGGCUAACGUUGUGAUGUUCGUUGUCACAAUGUACGUCAACGACUGCCCGAAGUACUCUGGACGUUCCUGCGUUGCUGGAUUCCUUGGGAGGUUCUCUUUUCAGCCCUUUAAACAAAACCCUCUUCUCGGCCCUUCGGCGUCCGCGCUAGAGAAGAUGGGGGCGUUAGAUGUGAGUAAAGUGGUCCACAGACACCAGGGAUGGCGCCUUAUCACUUGCAUUUGGCUACAUGCAGGAGUUUUCCAUUUACUGGCCAAUAUGUUGAGCCUUGUAAUCAUUGGCAUUCUUCUUGAGCAAGAGUUUGGAUUUGCACGGAUUGGGUUGCUCUAUCUGAUCGCUGGUUUUGGCGGGAGUUUGUUAUCGGCUCUUUUUAUUCGGUCCAAUAUCUCUGUUGGUGCUUCCGGUGCCCUUUUUGGCUUACUAGGAGCCAUGCUUUCUGAACUCCUCACUAAUUGGACUUCGUAUGUUAACAAGGUAGCAGCAUUGUUAACCCUUGUGAUCAUCGUUGUGAUCAAUCUAGCAGUGGGGAUUCUCCCUCAUGUGGACAACUUUGCCCAUAUUGGAGGAUUUCUUUCUGGUUUUCUUCUUGGUUUUGUGUUAUUGAUUCGCCCCCAAUUUGGAUGGGUUAGCCAAGGAUAUGCUCCUCCUGGAUAUUCCACUAAACCCAAAUUCAGGAUCUAUCAGCGGAUAUUGUGGAUUAUUUCUCUAAUCCUUCUGAUUGUUGGGUUUACCGUUGGCUUGGUUAUGCUUCUCCGGGGGGUUGAUGGCAAUGACCACUGUUCUUGGUGCCAUUACUUGAGUUGUCUUCCUAUAUCAAAAUGGCACUGCCAUACAUAGCCUGUUUCCUGCUCAGUAAGUCAAGUCGAACCAAAUUGGUGACCAGCUAACCUCAACUUGCUCAAGCAACGGCAAAACCAAGACAUACACAUUGGCCAAUGCAACCGCUCCUCAGAUCGAAGGGCUGUGUAUUCACUCAGCUUUGCCGGUAAUGAAUUCACAAACUGCAUGAAUUGAAGCUGUUGCAACUUGCAAGUCGUUUUUGUGUACAAACCGAGGGUGGCAAGUUUUCAGAAUCUUCUCCAUGGUUUCCUACACUUCUUACACUGUUCUUCUGUAAAUUGAUACUACUAUUCUUCAUGGAAAUAAUAGCUCAUUCUUUUGCAUGA